AUGUCUUCUACUUCCUCUUUUUCGAGCUCUUCCCCCCGCGUUGGGGAAACGAUAAGCAAAUGGGGCUAUUCGUUCAAGUGGACUGAUAGUCACCUCGCCCAGGACACCAUCAAGCCCUUGCGCCAGGAGUACGAUACCCUCGGUGCAGCGGCCCUGGAGCGAAUCCAAGCGGUUCGUGCUGCCCUGCUCGAAGAAAGCAAAGCGAAAGGCACGCCUCCACCCCCAAAUGACCUCUACAUCCUUCUUCGAGACCACCACGGCGAAGACGAGACGCUGUCCCAGUUUUGGAAUGAGCUCCAUACCGUUCCUGACUGGGUAGACUGGGAACAACUCGAACGAGGCCAGAGGUUCUUCUACCGGUAUGCUAUUGCAAAUAUAGUCGGCUUUGCGCUGCAGGGGUUCAUGGCGGAGAAUUCGGCCGCCUCAGGAGUCGUCGAAGUCCUCGUCCGAACCGGCGGCUUCUCCACCCGCAUGCUCCUCGGACGACUGCUCGAGACCUUCCAGUGGCUCGUGCAAGUCACUCACAGCCUGGCCGCCAUCCAGCCCGGAGGAGACGGGCACACUGCAACGAUCCGCGUCCGACUCCUCCACUCCGCAGUCCGCCAACGAAUCCUCAAGCUCUGCGAGCGAAAACCCGAAUACUACGCCGUCAGCCACCACGGCAUCCCAAUCAACACCCUCGACUCUAUCCACUCCAUCGCCACCUUCAGCUGCAACCACAUGUGGCUCCAGCUGCCCAAGUUCGGAGUCAAGCCUUCCCAGCACGAGAUCGACGACUAUAUCGCUCUCUUCCGGUACCUGGGCUACCUGCUCGGCACGCCAACGGCCUUCUUCGAGACAGCCGAGAAAGCAAAAGUGACCAUGGAGAGCUGCUACCUGCAUGAGCUGCGCAUAACGGAGACUUCGCGAGUGGUGGCGUACAACUUUGUGCAGUGCGUGCAGAAUCUGCCGGCCCCGUUCCAUGUGUCUAGGGGUUUCAUUGAAGCGGGCAGUCGGUGGAUAAACGGUGAUGAACUCUGCGAGGAGCUUGGUCUUGGGCGGCCGGGGGUGUUGCACUAUCUUGCUUUCGCGGGGCAUUGUAUGCUGGUUGUAUUUAUGGCUUGGCUGCAGCGGCUUGUUCCUGGGCUUGAUGGCUUUGUGAUCAAUUAUGUUCCGCAAGAGGGCAAGAAAACUGGAAGGGAGGCAUAUCAGGCGGGCAGAAAAGUUCAGACCGGUCAGACGAGUCACGUAUGGAUGGGCCUGUUUGAGGUUAUAUUCUUGUUUGUGGUCCUUGUCUUCGGUGGUCUCGCUGUGGCAGGUAUUCUAGCAGGUGGGCUACGGGUACUUGAGUUGAGUGGAAGAAGAGUAGUAUAA